GAAAUUCGUAGCCAGAAAUUGCAUCAAACAGAUAAUACUCAUCGGGUCGCUGGAGGGGUCCGAACAAGUGAAACUCUGAGUGACGUAUUUUUUGGACAACCCCUACAUACACAUUUGAAAGCGUCGAUCCGGGAGUAAUAAUUUCCUGUUCCUUGUUAAUGGCAGCUUCCUUUUUUGAUGUAGCCUCUUCUCUUGUCAGCAUCUAUAUUUGUGUCAAUUCUAUUUAACUUUUGAUUUUCCAUUUCAAUAAGAUGUUUUGCCGCCUGAUUUUUUUUUGUCCUUCGCGAUUUGCCCAGUUCUAUUACUGCAAAAAGCAUUGGACCAAGUAUUGACCAUGAUACGUCCCAUAUAUUCUUUGGCAGUCAUGAGAAGUUCAUGGUAUCCGGUGUAUUACCAAGACCGAACAGGGCUGAUGUAAGGUGAUGGUAACAAGGCAUAACAGCCCUUUCAUUUUACGUAUUCUUAUAGUUUACAACCCUGCAGCCUAGCGAAAAUAAGCUGAAAAGUGAAAAUGUCGAAACCGCUGUUUUCCCUGAAUAAAAUAAGCCAUUCAUCAUUACCAUAAGGUCGUCAGUCCAAGGACUAGUUGAACACACACUCCACUAUCCUAAGAUAAUCUUCGCAUUUCAGUAAAACUAGAACAUCUCACAUCCUUAACUAUGUGCGAACAGUAAUCUAAUCUAGGCCUACCUCUACUCCUCUUAACUCCUGUUUCUGCCUUUUAUAAAAAACCAUUAGGAAUUGUUUAAAUUAGCAAAUAUAGUGGACGCUGUUGAAGCUUUUUGUAGUGACGAAGUUAAAAAAUAAAGCUCACAAAGCAUUUGACUAAUAUUUAUUCAUUCGGUGCAAAACUGUUCAUUGUCCAAGUGCGCAUCCUAACUAGGAGGUGUGCGAUGCAAAAGAAACUUGAAAGUUUAUCAUUAGUAAAUCGUAUGACUCCCAUGAUAAGAGCAGCUAUAACUAUAAAUGAUACUUAAGUGCCUCAUUUCUCAUAUUUCUUAUUUGUCAUUACAUUCGCAGACAGUCUAAAGUGAUCGUAUAUCACUUUACUUAAAAUCAAUUUGACUCGAAAAAGUGCGACCUUUUGUCAAUACGAUUUUUAUCAGAUAUGCGCCACUUAUGUAUUAUAUCAACAAUUCUGUUAGUGGUUUCGCAUCUUACGUACAGUUCUGAAGAAAAAUUAGAAAUACAAUUCGAAUGGAGUUUCUUAAAUUUCACGUGGCCUUCUUCAGAGAUCUACAACCAAGCAAUUUCCACGAGGACUUAUAUUCCUGAAAACAAUUGCUUGACAGGUCUCAAAAUUUUUGAAAAAACAAUGUAUGUGUCGUUACCAAGGAGUCGCCCUGGUACACCUGUAACAUUAGCCACCAUACUUGCAGAGGACCACAGUGCCAAAAUUAACCCCAUUCUAAAACCAUACCCGAAUUGGGAGAUGAAUUAAUUGGGUAACUGCACUGCUCUCCAAAACGUUCAAAGCAUGCAAAUUGACCCUGACGGUGUAAUGUGGGUUUUGGACGGAAUUAGAGUAUUGGAGAAAACAAAGUGUCCACCCAAAAUAGUUCUCCUGGAUUUAAAAAACAACGGGAAAUUGGUGUAUAGUAUCGAGAUCCCGGAAAAAUUAUGUCCGCAAGAUGAAUGUUUUUUAAAUGACAUUGUAUUAGAUGGCUAUUAUGCUUUUAUAUCAGAAUACAGCAGUACUGAUCCAGGAAUCAUAGUUUUCAAUCGAAAGCAAAACAAAUUAUGGAAAGCGAGAGACAAGUCGAUGUUUGCAGAAACCUCUUCACCAGCGUUCAGUGUUGGCGGAAAAGAAUUCAGUAAUCUGGGUAACAUCGAUGGAAUUGCAUUAUCAUCCAAAGGAGAUGAUAAACUGGUUUACUACUGUGCUUUGACAGGUUUUAAUCAAUAUGCCAUCAAAGCAAGUGUAUUAAAAGAUGAAGAACGUCUCAAAGGUAACGAUUGGCGAAGAGAGGUGAAAAUUAUAGGCAAGAAACCAGCGCUAAGUGACGGACUAGGAGCAGACAAGGAGGGAAAUUUAUAUUUUACAUUCAUAAACGAACAGGCAAUUGGGAAAUGGAAUACAAGUCUUCCUCUCAACAAUAACACAAUCGAAAUAUACAAAGAUGAAAAGAUGUUGUGGCCAGAUACGUUCGCGUUUGACGACACAGGCCAUUUGUUUGUUACUGCUACGCAAGCGCACAAAUAUUUCGACACCGAUUACAAAAUCGAAAUGAAUGACGAAAUUAAAAUCAGAAUUUUUAAAUUACAAAGUAACAGUAAAAGUAAUUUAUAUAGUUAAAGGUUUUUGUUGAUUUUUGGUGUAUAGGUUGUUGUUUUAAAGCUGUUACCAUUUUAAUUUUAAAAAUACG